GGCCUGGGGCACAGAGAGAAGGCCAUCGGAAGCCGAGCCGCCAGGCCCCCCAGCGUACCCUCGGAGUAUGAACAUUGAGGAUGGCGCAGGCCCACAUCCAAGGCUCCCCGUGCCCCUUGCUGCCGCCUGGUAGGAUGUCCUGGCCCCAAGGGGCUCUCCUGCUCCUGUGGCUCUUCUCCCCACCCCUGAGGGCCGGUGGGGGCGGUGUGGCCGUGACUUCAGCCGCCGGAGGAGGCUCCCCGCCAGCCACCUCCUGCCCAGCAGCCUGCUCCUGCAGCAACCAGGCCAGCCGGGUGAUCUGCACGCGGAGGGAGCUGGCCGAGGUGCCAGCCAGUAUCCCCGUCAAUACCCGCUACCUGAACUUGCAAGAGAACAGCAUUCAGGUGAUCCGCACUGACACAUUCAAGCACCUCCGGCACCUGGAGAUCCUGCAGCUGAGCAAGAAUCUGGUGCGCAAGAUCGAAGUGGGGGCGUUCAAUGGGCUUCCCAGUCUCAACACACUGGAACUCUUCGACAACCGGCUGACCACAGUGCCCACACAGGCCUUUGAGUACUUGUCCAAGCUCCGGGAGCUGUGGCUGCGCAACAACCCCAUCGAAAGCAUCCCAUCCUAUGCCUUCAACCGUGUGCCCUCAUUGCGCCGCCUGGACCUGGGCGAGCUGAAGCGUCUGGAGUACAUAUCGGAGGCGGCCUUCGAGGGGCUGGUGAACCUGCGCUACCUCAACCUGGGCAUGUGCAACCUAAAGGACAUCCCCAACCUCACAGCACUUGUGCGCCUGGAAGAGCUGGAGCUGUCGGGGAACCGGCUGGACCUAAUUCGCCCCGGCUCCUUCCAGGGCCUCACCAGCCUGCGCAAGCUGUGGCUGAUGCAUGCCCAAGUGGCCACCAUCGAGCGAAACGCCUUCGACGACCUCAAGUCGCUGGAGGAGCUGAACCUGUCCCACAACAACCUGAUGUCGCUGCCGCACGACCUUUUCACACCCCUUCACCGCCUGGAGCGUGUCCACCUGAACCACAACCCCUGGCACUGCAACUGUGAUGUGCUCUGGCUCAGCUGGUGGCUGAAGGAGACAGUGCCCAGCAAUACCACAUGCUGCGCACGCUGCCACGCGCCCGCCGGCCUCAAGGGCCGCUACAUCGGUGAGCUGGACCAGUCGCACUUCACCUGCUAUGCCCCAGUCAUCGUGGAGCCACCCACAGACCUCAAUGUCACCGAGGGCAUGGCGGCCGAGCUCAAGUGCCGCACAGGUACAUCCAUGACCUCGGUCAACUGGCUGACACCUAACGGCACGCUCAUGACACACGGUUCCUAUCGUGUGCGCAUUUCGGUACUGCACGAUGGCACACUCAAUUUCACUAAUGUCACCGUGCAGGACACGGGCCAGUACACGUGCAUGGUGACAAACUCUGCUGGCAACACCACUGCCUCGGCCACGCUUAACGUGUCGGCCGUGGACCCUGUGGCUGCCGGAGGGCCCGGUGGCGGGGGCCCAGGGGGUGGGGGCGGUGCAGGGGGUGCGGGCGGCUACACCUACUUCACCACGGUGACUGUGGAGACGCUGGAGACACAGCCGGGGGAGGAGGCCCAGCAGCCCCGAGGUACUGAGAAGGAGCCCCCGGGGCCCACGACUGAUGGCGCGUGGGGUGGCGGCCGGCCUGACGCUGCAGCCCCGGCCUCAGCGUCCACCACGGCACCAGCCCCGCGCUCCUCGCGGCCCACAGAGAAGGCUUUCACGGUGCCCAUCACGGACGUGACGGAGAACGCACUUAAGGACCUAGACGAUGUCAUGAAGACCACCAAAAUCAUCAUCGGCUGCUUCGUGGCCAUCACCUUUAUGGCCGCCGUGAUGCUGGUGGCCUUCUACAAGCUGCGCAAGCAGCACCAGCUGCACAAGCACCAUGGGCCCACGCGCACUGUGGAGAUCAUCAACGUGGAGGACGAGCUGCCCGCCGCCUCCGCUGUGUCGGUGGCUGCGGCCGCUGCGGUGGCUGGAGGCGCGGGCGUGGGUGGGGACAGCCACCUGGCUCUUCCGGCGCUGGAGCGAGACCACCUCAACCACCACCACUACGUGGCGGCUGCCUUCAAGGCGCACUACGGCGGCAAUCCAGGAGGCGGGUGCGGGGCCAAGGGCCCCGGCCUCAACUCCAUCCACGAACCUCUGCUCUUCAAGAGCGGCUCCAAGGAGAACGUGCAAGAGACACAAAUCUAAACUUAGGCGCGCGGGGACGCGGGGACGCAGGACGCCUGCCCGAGAUGCUCCUGCUUACCCAGCAGCCCUGGCGGCGCCUGCCUGUCCUGCAAUGGGAAAGGACCUGGAGAUCAGGAGAGGUGGCCCCACCCUCCGCCUUGCCGUGUCCUCUGCCCACCUGCCCUGCCCGCCACCUUCCUGGGUUGAGGAGCUUCUUCGAGGGGUACCCUUUCCCCUCAUCCCAACAACCCUUCUUUUAUGGCUCUUUCUUUUUUCUUUAUUUCUUUGUUUUUUCCCCCUUUUGCAGUUUGACGCCUGUCCGUCCCUCCUACUCCACCACCCUCAAAACACAAGAGACAGACAACUUCACCAGAGCCCAGGGGGCAACUCCGACAGUGUCCCCAACAGCGAGCUCCACUCGCGGCCCUGGCCGGCCCUACUCACCCCACAGACUCUUUUGAUACUGAAGGGAGGUUUGCGUCAAUCACUACCUGCUCUGUAAUUACUUUAAAAAAAAAAAAAAAAACACGGAAAAAGUAAAAAAAAAAAAAAAAA